GNAGCGAGGAAAUUCGAUGACAUGUUCCAGAGUAUGAUGAAGAAAUCGAAGAGGGAGUUCCACGAGAUGUUCGAACGCACUUACGGCAAGAUCUACCUGAAGAACUCGGACGUCUUCAGCGACUUCUUCGACGAGCUGGAGAUGUACUACAAGAAGGGCACCGUCCGUCUCUCCGACACGAUGGACACCUUCUUCGGCAUCCUCUACCAGCGCAUGUUCACCGUCAUCAACGCGCAGUACACUUUUGACGACGCCUACCUGGACUGCGUCUCCUCGCACAUGGCCGAGAUGAAGCCUUUCGGCGACGUGCCCCACAAGCUGGGCAUGCAGCUGAGGAGGUCGUUCGUGGCCACCAGGACGUUCUACAAGUCGCUGGUGAAGGGAGCGGACGCUGCGGAGCGGUUGACCGCGCUGAGGGUUGAAGAGGGAUGUUUCCGCGAAAGCGCCAGGAUGAGGUACUGUGGGACGUGUCAAGGAGGAGGAGUCCUGGGGCCGUGCUCGCUCUACUGCACGAGCACCAUGCAGGAGUGCUUGAGGUACCAUAUGGAGCUAUCGCCGUACUGGGAUAAUUUUGUUGACGCCAUUGACAAAGUCGGCGACAGACUCCUCGGUCCUUACGCCAUCGAGAUAGUCGUGGAGCCGCUCAACAUCAAAAUCUCCGAGGCGAUCAUGAACUUCCAGGAGAGCGGAGCAGACGUCUCGAAGAAGAUCUACACCUUAUGCGGAAAACCGACGUUUAGUCGACCGAAACGGGAGGCAGAUAACGAAGAGACGACCGAAGACGAUCCGGAUAUGGAAAUCAAGUUCGAGGCGAGCCAGCUGCCGAAGAAGAAGAAGCACAAAAAAGCGCCGGCAACCAACGAAGAUCAGUCGCCUCUGGAGAAGAUCAUCUUCGACAUUAAGCAGAAAGUAAAAGAAACCAAGCAGUUCUGGCUGCAGUUGCCGUACCAGUACUGUAACAACUUAGCUCUGAUGAACAACGUCAACGAAUCGUCACAAUGCUGGAACAGCACCGACACUAACGCUACCAGGUCUGACGUGUCUCAAUCCAAAGUCAACAUUGCAGAUCAGCCAGUCUUGAGCGAACAGACGUACAUCUUGCAGGGACUCACUGAUAAGUUGCGCAAAGCUCAUCAGGGGCAAGAGGUAGAGAUGGUCGACGACACUGAAGAGGUCCUCGACGGCAGUGGCUCCGGUUCCGGAGACGGUGCGGAAGAAGAAGAAGAAACAACUCCAGAAGAAGAAGAAGUGGACGACAAAGGCCUCACCUUCACAGAAAUCAAAGGAGAAGAAGACGAAGCCCGAGUUAGAGUCGCCUUCCCGCCAACGACGACGACCAGCACCCGAGAACCAGAGGUGAUUCUGACUUCCUCGGCCUCCCCCACGAGUAGCAUGUCCCUGACGAGGGCGCUCUUCACGUACCUCCUGCCGAUGGUACUGGCGUGGUUUGGCGGUGCCAUUACGAACUUGCUGUGAUAACUUUAACGGGACUGUUUGGCGAGAGUGACGUACUCAUUUUGUCAUAAUGGAGUUUCUACAGGGUGGCCCACUUUUUAAUUGUACAUAGCAUUUUCCUUGUCGGGCGUUCGUGGCAAUCGGAUUGAGCCCGGUCUUCUUUGUGUAUAAUAAUUUGUACAUAGUAUAGAUGAAUGUGAAACAUUAACAAAGGGACCCACUUUUGCAUUUUUUACGGACGAUUUACGUGUAAUUUAUAUCUGGCAGAUAUAAAAACUUCUGACGACCGAGUGAAAUGAUAUUUUUUAAUAUUUAUGUAAUAUUGUGAUAGUAUUUAUGAGUAAAGCGAAAUGAUGAUGGUUAUAAUAAAUUUCAUGACUGUA